AUGGAUCCUUUCGCAACAAUCGGGUUUGCAUCAAACCUCAUUCUAUUUCUAGAUUAUAGUGCAAAAUUAGUCAACGGGGCGAGGGAGAUUUACGAUUCAGCAUCAGGAAUGACGGAAGACAACCGAAGGCUCGAAUCUAUCGUGACUAUUAUGGGGAAUCUUUCUUCCAAGAUUGUGCCCACUACUGAUUCCCAAGAAAGUGAAGAGGAUCAGGCCUUAUGUCGCGUGGCGUCGGAGUGCAGCAUUAUAGAGAAUCAAAUUCUAGAAUUAAUUACGGAAAUAAAACCGAAGGAUUCCAAAUCGAGGGGCCAGAGCACUUUGGCAGCUUUCAAAGGCAGGUUACGUCAAAGAGGGAGGGCAGAAUUAGAGAAGAGACUAGCAAAUUGCCGCAGCCAACUUGAAUUACAGUUAAACCUCCUGAACAGGUGAUAUAUGGCCUACUGUCACGAAUCACGUGUUCACGUGAUACUUGUCAUAAUAAGAGGCGCAACCCUCGACAGGCACAUCCAGGUUUCUUAUAGCAAAUAGGGAUCGUUUAGAAUAGCUAAGCGAUCCAAUGAUUUCUGUAGGUUACUGUCACGUGACAUAUAUAGGUCGACUAUCGAUAUUGUCGACUCCUAGAGUAUAAAGGCUCUAUAUAAGACUAGUACUACUAGAUAAGAGCUUCGUACUUAACUUAGUUAUUAAUCUUAUAAUAUUAGUUUAAUAUCUUUAAUACAAGUGACGAGUUUACUUCUAAGUGAACAACCCGAUAGUUCUUCCUUCUUAUCAUAGUAUACUAAUUAGCGAACAAUAGUUAAGCUUUAGUUAGCCGGAUUAGUUAUCGUUACACCUACUUCCCUAAGUACGGUAUCCUGAAUAAGUUAUACUAAAAGGUCGAAUAGACUUAAUACUAAUUCUUAAAUCGCAAAUCGUAAACUAGCUUAGGGUUAGGGUUAUAUAACAGCGCUAGAAUUAAAGGUAAAACUACUUGAUAUAAGUAGAUAAGCUUGAAUUUAACUCGAAUACUCCUUCCUACCCUUACUAUUAUGUCCUUACUAUUAUAUCCUUACUAUUAUAUCCUUACUAUUAUAUCCUUACUAUUAUAUCCUUACUAUUAUAUCCUUACUAUUAUAUCCUUACCAUUAUAUCCUUACUAUCGCUGUUAUAAGGAAAAGAGAAGAGAGAGCAGGGAAGAGUAAGGAGCGCGGAGGUAGGUAGCAAACAAUUGUUAUUGUAACACGUACUAGCCUAGCCGCUUUAGGAAGGUAGUAUUCGGGGCUAGGAAUAAGCUAUAUAUACAACUAAAAUAUUUCCCCGCUUCUAUCUCUCUCUCUCUCUCGCGCGCGCGCUCUCUAUCCCCUAAACAAUAUACUAGGGCACAACCCUAUCCGACAGCAAGGAUAAGAUAGCAAGGAUGCGAUAGUAAGGAUACGAUAGUACGACUACGAGGGUCGGGCGAUAGUAAGGAUACGGCGACAGUAAGGGUGGGGCGACAGUGAGGAUGCGGCGAUAACUAAUAGGUGGCGAGUUUAUAUAAUCAGGCCCCAAGUACUUGGGGUGCGGGGUUAUAGGCUCUCUGGCACAGUAGUAGCAAAUAUAUGACUUUUGCGAUUUGCGAUUCAUGAAUUAGUUUUUACUCUAUUCGGCCUUUUAGUACAUUCAGGAUGCCGUACCAAGGAAAUGUGAUACUAAUUCGAGGUCCAGUUCAGAAACAAAAACUCGAUUAGAAGUUUUGAUUUCUUCAUCCGAUGGGCAAAGCGCAAAGCUCGAACAGCUCCAGAGCCAGAUCAAGGAACUAAACAAAAGAAUAUCAAGCAACCUGAACCCCGGUGACGAGCAGAAUUUUCCAAAAUUGAUGGAAAUAUCAGAGCAUAUAACAUGUGUUAUAGCCCAGAGGAGGAUUUUGGAAAGUCUGUCAUUUGAGGGCAUUCAUCAAAGAUUCGACAAUGUAGUUGAUGCUCACGGAAAGACUUUCGAGUGGAUCUUCGAAUCUGAUAUGGAAAGAGAAAUAGAACGUGGGGCUUCUGGGUCAGAGUCAUUCAUAACAUGGUUGUCGUCUGGGGAUGGGAUAUUUCACAUUUCGGGAAAACCGGGGUCUGGCAAAUCUUCCCUGAUGAAAUUCCUUUGCCAACAUACUCAAACGAAAGAGUCCUUACAUCGAUGGGCAGGUGAGCAAUCAUUCGCCUCAAGGUAGCUCUGAGGACAAUCCAGCUUACACACCUGACAAGGCGACCGUAAACUGAUAUUCUCCCGAUUCUUCUUCUGGAAACCUGGCACGCCUGCACAAAGAUCUCUGAAUGGCUUUUCCAGAAAAAUUCUUUUUGAUAUAUUGAAACUGUGCCCUGAAUUGAUACAGGUGGCAUUGCCUGAUGAAUGGAAGGUGGAGACCUUACUACCAUGGCAGGAUGAAAGACACCUUGAACUUACCGAAAAACAAGUCAAAGAAUCCUUCAUCAAAAUCAUCAAAGACGACAGCUUAUACAGUCGUUAUCGUUACUGUUACUUUAUUGAUGGCCUUGAUGAAUUCGAAGAAACGCACCAGGAUGACUACAAAUCUGUGGUAGAGACUCUCAUAAGCUGGACCAAGGGAUCACCUAGCAAUGUCAAACUUUGCGUUUCUAGUAGAGAAUACAACGUCUUCCUCCAUGGGUUUUCAAAAGACAAAAGGAUUCGACUACAGGAUUUGACCAGGAGCGAUAUGGAGCACUACAUUCGUGACAAACUCCCGAUUCCCCGAGCCAGAGAACUGGAGAGCUUAACCAGUCAAAUCGUCGAAAAAGGGAACGGAAUGUUUCUCUGGGUCUCCUUGGUUGUUAGGGCACUUCGAGAACGCCAGGAUGAUGGCUAUGAACAGCAAGAGCUUGAAAAAGAGUUGGAUACAUUACCAGAGGAGUUAGAGGGCUUGUUCUCACACUUGCUUAUGUCACUAAACAGAACGUCCCGCACAAAAACAUAUCAGCUUUUUGCGAUGGUUUUGGCUUCCAACCCGUUCGAAAUUCGUUUAUCCCCUCUAGCAUGUUCUUUUCUGGAAGACUUUCUAAACAACCAGGAUUUUGCUCUUGACUCCGACUUUCCAUACGUCAACCUGGGUUCCACUGACAGGGUUAAGAGAACAGCACUCGCUGGCAAAAGAAUAAACGGGAGUUGCAAAGGUUUACUGGAAUCGGAGACGUGGGCCACCAAAGAAAACACACAGGGCGCAAAAAGUGAGAACAUCACAACUGUUGAGUUCAUUCAUCGAUCUAUCCCGGAAUUUCUCCAGACACCACGUAUUGAGAAAGAUAUGAAAUCUUAUUUGCGUAACUUCAUGACUGUUGAAACUGUAUCGAAUCUUUUACUUGCAGAGAUUAGAUCGACAGAAUUACACAGUAUUCCGAGGACGGAAAUGUGUCUUCGUCUAUUUCGCAUCUUGUCGCUCCGAGAGAAGCACAACUCAGCGCCUUUUAUCUACUUGAAUCUUCUCUCGUCGUCAAUCAUGAUGCAUACAAAAGCUGAGGAUCUGCAAGAAAAACAUCUGCCAGGGGUUGUUCAUUUAAUCGCGGCUCCAUGGGGGUAG